AGCGUAUACUGUAUGUGCGCAUGUGCGUGCAUUUGUUUAAGUGUGUGUUUCAGCAAUAGUUACACAGACAGCCAGGUCAAUGGCUGCAGUCCACACGAGCUGCUUUUAUACAGCAUAAUCCCAUCGCUCUUUUCUGGAAAACCUGAAUAGCAUCAGAACCACUGACUCAAUUUUUGGGUCUCAUUCUCAUGACAAAGCAGUUGUCGGAUUUAAAAAAAAAAACUGGUGGGUAUAAAAACAGGACCAGGAGCAGACCACAGGGCAGCGCCUCUCCUCUCCCUCUUAAGGCACACACCGCAGCCGAUCAGACCAUGUCCAAAAUGGGCAAGAUUGUUUUCUACGAGGACAAGAACUUCCAGGGCCGUCGCUAUGAGUGUGACGGUGACUGCACGGACUUCCAUGCCUACCUGAACCGCUGCAACUCCAUCCGGGUGGAGAGCGGCUGCUGGGUGGUGUACGAGCGCCCCAACUACAUGGGCUACCAGUACGUGCUGGCCCGCGGCGAGUACCCAGAGUACCUGCGCUGGAUGGGCCUCAACGACCGCCUCAGCUCCUGCAAAAUCAUCCACUUCGCCAGUGGCUCCCAGUAUAAGAUCCAGCUCUAUGACAAGGGGGAUUUUGCAGGCCAGGCCUACGAGGCCACUGACGACUGUCCCUCAGUGCCAGAGCGGUUCCGCACGCGUGAGGUCCACUCCUGCAAGGUCCUGGAGGGCGUGUGGGUCUUCUAUGAGCACCCCAACUAUCGCGGGCGCCAGUACCUGCUGGAGAAGGGCGAGUACCGCAAGCCCGUGGACUGGGGCGCAGUGUGCCCCAACGUGCAGUCCUUCCGGCGCCUCACCGAGUGAACACCCCACCCCACCCCACCCGCCCCACCCACCCCACACACCCUGUCCCCCCUGCACGUUCCUCCGACCCUCCUCUGCCUGAAGGCGCCAGCGUCUGCGGAGUGACCCCCCCAGAUACUGCCGUCUGCGGAGUGACCCCCCCAGAUACUGCCGUCUGCGGAGUGACCCCCGCAGAUACCCCCGUCUGCGGAGUGACCCCCCCAGAUACCGCCGUUACCUCACCGAGGCCCCAGCUGAAAUAAAGCUGAGAGGACAGUU